AUGUACAGCUUGGAAUUUGUAAAUGCAGCCGGAUACCGUCUCGACGGUAGACUGUGCAAUGAAACUAGAAAUAUAACAGUUUCACAUGGGGAAUAUGCCACAUCGGAUGGUUCUGCAAGCAUUAAACAGGGAUUGACCCAUAUAAUAGUUUUAGUUAAGGGUCCCUCAGAUUCAACUUAUGUUAAACAGGCAAAUCAAACGAACUUUGCCUCUGUAUUGAUAAAUUGUGACAUAAAUAUUUCAAACAAUUUGUCAACUGAUAUUCGUAGGGGUACUAAGUUAGACAUUAUAACUGCUGAGAUAUCACUGCUUAUUAAGAAAGUUUUCAAAUCGAUAAUUAUUGUGCCCCUUUCAAAACGCUCGCAAAUAACAUUUUCCGUCGAAAUUCUUGAUUGUGAUGGAUGUUUAAAAUCUACAAUCAUCAACUGUUGUACUUUGGCACUAAUAGAUGCAGGGGUGGCUGUUAAAAGUCUAGUAUUUUCAAGUUCUGUUUGUUAUUUGGACAAGAUAGUUUUAGCAGAUCCUACGCAACUUGAAACAAAUUAUUCGACUGCAGAAUUGACGAUUGCAACGGAAUCAAUAACCAACAACCCAAUUUACAUAGACUUAGCUUCCAAGGUUAGCGAAGAAGGAUUUAAAAAAAUGUACAGCUCGUGCCUGAAGAGUAAUAAAGAAUAUUCACAUAUUUUUAGGAAUUACUUGUAUAAAUAUGCUGAGAAUUUCGUAAAUCUCAACAAUUUGGCGGAUCGCAUAAGGAAUCCUGGACAAUAG